AUGGCCGCCACCACAAUGAACCACGUGUUCGACUACGAGAACGAGCUGAACGACAAUCUCUACAACCUGAAGAUGUCGGGAAAGACGUCUACGGCUACUACGACUACUACGAGCAGCAGCAAACGAGUCAGAGGUGUACUCAAGCCUAUUCUACGACUGCUGAAGAAGAAAACCAGCCGGGGGAAAUACGGCAAGGGGCAAAAAGCGAUGCCACAGGUGGAGAUAUUCACCGAGGAGGUCGACAACCAGAACAACGCUAACGAAGCACUGGAGAGGAGACUUCUGGCGGAACUUCAGGACGCCGAGGAGGGAGCAGCCAUUACUGUCUGCCUCGACGGACAGAUGACAGUUGUACCGGUUGUACCUGGUCAGUGCUACGUGCCCGUUCAUUUCGCGCACACCCACGCCGGAGACUUCUACUGGACGACCCUGAGCAUGGCCGACAGUGACCUGUGCUACAAGGAGCGAGCUUUCUCGCAGCAUCAAACGCCCGAGAUGCAGGUCGCGUAA